GCGCAAUUACUAACCGCAUUAAGCGGUCAGCGCUUAAGUUGGCUUUUGUAGGCGCUUCAAGUCACUUUAGCGUUUUCAUCCGUCACUGAUCCUUGACGAUGGUCCGAAUUUCGCAUAGGACGGUGACUGUAGCUAUCUGACUCAGAGGAUGAUCCAUCCAUGGACAAACCAUUGCGUUGGAUCGGCCUGUGGACUAUACUGGAUCCGAUGAGGUAUCGAGGAACAACAUCGCCUAAUAAGCUGGUCAAUUUUCCAUUGCAUCGAUUCAAAUUAUGCCUUUCCAAUCCUCCUAGUCUUCCCUCCCAUCGAUCUUCAAGCAUAUCAUCGUCACUCGCUCGAACCAUAGUCAUUCUUAUAUUUCAUUUUUCAUCUACGUCGUCUCUCACCCUAAUUCGAAUCAGCGACCGCUGUAUAACUUACCCAACGAUAUAUCUAUAUCCUCACAUACAUACCAACUAACCUUGAUCUGAAUUUUCUGUCUCAUUUCACAGAUGGGAGAGUUUGCCAUCGUAGACAAUCAAGCAACGGAGAAGUAUCUGCGGAUAGCAUCGAUCUCCGUUGCAUUAUACGAUUAUAUCAUUACCAUCCCUGCAGAAUGGCGCUUUUACCGAAGCCAAUCGUCAUUUUCUCGUCUCCGACUUGCCUGCAUCUUAUUCGUUCUCAUACGCUAUGGUAGUAUCAUGGUCAUGAUAAUCAGCAAUUACGGAGUCUUCUCCACCAGUUUCACCCAAGAAACGUGUAAACACUACUUUAUGGUUUCGCCUAUUUUUAAAGUUAUACAGACUAUGAUAUCACAGGUCAUUCUAGGUGUCAGGACAUUCAAUAUUGCAAGGAGGGAUAGGCGGAUAGGAAUUGCACUGGUGGUGCUUUACUUUGUCUCGGUUUUGCUGGAGUGGUUCACCAAUAUGUUUGACCGGAUACCCGUCGUUGUUAAUGGAAACUGCACUCCAGGAAAUUCUGGUAAGAUACUGUCGGCAUGGUUCUACUACACCAUUGCGAUGUCGUAUGACCUUAUGGUGUUAACCAUCUCCACCGUGUAUCUUCUACGGUACAAUCCUCUCAACAGCAGACUGGAACGGCUGGUGCGGGUCCUGAUUUAUGAUGGCAUUGGUCAUUUUGUCGUGCUGACAGGAUCGAACGUAUUUAACAUUGUCCUUUAUCAUACAUCCGAUAUUCAGACCCAGGCGGCAGGGGCAUCAAUAGGUUUCGUUGUAACAUGGAUUAUGUGCCAACGGAUCCUCAUCCAUCUGCGAGAACUGUCAGAAGCAGAGACUCGACGUCUAGACAACGCAGCCGCCGCGCGUUCCCCACAACACGCUCGGGACGUGGUGUCCGCUAUUCGUUCUCCCCUCACAGCCAAAAGCCACGGCCACGAUGAUGGUGAAUCUGGACUUAACGAGCACACAAAUGACAUGGAACUCGACAUUUGUACAUGUGUCAAGCCUUGGAGACGAUGGAUCACACGGAUGAGUGUGGACUUUCUAGUUCGUGGGGUGUUCCGAUGGGAGGAUGAUACUGGGUGCGAUGUGCAAGUAUAUAAUGAUUACAUACCCACGAAAGAAAUGCAUACAGAAUCCGGGAAUAAGGGUGCCAACCGAAACGCCGGUGAAGAGACAUGA